AUGACUGAGGCUCUACACGAAAAUAGAGUAGUGAAAGAACUUCUGCAGAAAUUAACUUUUACGCCUGGUGAAACUGCAUAUGCGGUUUCGAGUUCUUGGUUUAAUUCAUGGAAAGAUUCUUUAUCUGAUGAUGAAGAAAAAGUUGGACAUCCAAAAUUACCGGCAAUCGAUAAUUCGCAAAUAGUUAAUUAUUUCGAUAAAAUUCAAGAUGUUGACUAUGUUGUAGUACCUUUUUCAAUUUGGAAUGUUUUAAUAACGACAUAUGGUGGCGGGCCCGUUGUAGAAGUCGAUGUAGGCUAUGACCCUAAAUCUAAAAAAGGUGUUCCCGUUACGAAAUUGCAUGGUUUUAAAAUUCAUUAUGAAGGAAAAGUUGAAAAGAUUAUGAUUUCGAAAUUUUUAAAAGUUACUCAGCUCAUCGAAGCAGCAUGUGCUAAAUUCGAUAUUAAAGACCCUACGGGCUACAGAAUGAGAGAUUAUUGGCAACAUAAACCUGGCCGUUUUCUCUUUCCUAACCAAGUCAUUUGUGAGUACUCACUCUUUGUAAAUACAGACCUCUUGAUAGAGCUGGGCGAUUACCCUGAAGAAAAUGAAAAUUCAGAGUCGACUCAAUCUCCAAAUACUCAAUCACAGCCUACAGCUUCAUUUCCUCACGUAAGAGCUACCUUCAGCGCCCAAAUGGUUUUGACUAAGCCAGAAUUCAAAAAUGGAAUCAGAAGAGAUUCACAACAAUAUAGAAUGCGCGAACCAGGGAAACUGACGGCUCUGGAUAGAGCUAAGCAAUUCCAGCAAUUACAACAGAUGCAGCAGAUGCAAAUUCAGCAGCAACAAGCUCAAAAAGAAGCUUUUCCAUCAGUUCAUAAAAAAGAAACGAAUACGACAUCCGAUAAACCUCAACCUCAAGUUAAUUCUAGCGGUGUUACAUUUGAAAGGUCUUCGCACCCACGUAUUCAACUGGGAACUCCAAAUACUAGUUUUGACGCUAGAGUUAGUUGCCCAGCCAUACGACCUAGGGUAGAAGACCAGCCUUCAACGCACGUACCUGGACUUCGUGGAAUUAAUAAUAUAGGCAAUUCCUGCUACAUGGGCUCUGUUUUACAAUGUUUAUUACAUCUCAAGCCUCUGAUGAACUACAUGCUUGAAGACUCAAGCCACUUAGAUCCUAACAGUAAAAUAAUGACCGAAAACAUGCAGAAAUUUGCAGAUUUCUUCAGAUUAUAUUACAAUGACUUAAAAGUCGGGCCAAUGAAUCCAUCAGAAAUCAAAUUGCUCGUAGAAAAAGAAUCCCCAGCUUUUCAAGGCUGUCUUCAACAAGACGCCCAUGAAUUUUUGACAAUUUUACUCGAUUCACUAAAUUCUACAUCAAAAGACAAACAGAAAGCAUCUACAUUUGUCAGUAAAGACAAUUACUCAUCAGAUUACGAGCGAGCCGAUGACGAAUGGCAUCAACACCUCCAAAACUCGAAGAGCAGCGUCAUUACAGACAUAUUCCAUGGCCAGACGAGAUCCUCAACAAUUUGUCCUCACUGCAAAGGCGAAACAGUUCAGUUUUCUCCGUUCACAUCAAUUUUAUUACAAUUACCAGCUCCAAAAACACUUUCCUCCCCAUUUGUGUUUGUUCCUCUUGAUCCCAAGCAGCCAAAGAGCUCAAUGCGAAUCCCACUUUCCAAUCCUACGGCAGAUGCAGUCACUUUUACAGAAGAUUUGUCCAGAUUCCUCAAUAAACAGAUCUCCUGUGCAUUUGGUACCCAAUCCAACGACUUCUCUGUCGAAUGGAGCCCAGGACCAGAGCAAGGAUUACGAACAAACUCAUUAAUUGUAUAUGAGCUUUCCCAGGACGACCAACUCUAUGCCUCCGUUAAACUUGCAGUCAAUACGAACAAGAUGGUUUCUCUCAGAGUUGUCGAAGGUCCAUUUUUGGUCCCAAUUCCUGGUCCAACCUGCAAAUCCGAGGAAGUCCGCUGUUGCUGCGAAGAAUACUUCAAAUACUUAUGGGAACAGACCGAUCAGUCCUUCAUUCCUCCAUCAUUAUCCAAUAUUUUACCAAGUAUUCGGCCAAUUAAGAAAUCUGGCAACCAAAAAAUCACCAUUGAAGUUCCGAAAUCACUUUUCUUGAAGACGAAGAAGUUCUAUCCACCAUCAAACAUCAAACACAUUGCAGGUAGAACCGUAACAGCCAUAAUUUCGGAUACAGAAGAUGUUUCAUGGCCAAGAGUUGUCAGAAACAUUGUAAACAACCAAAGUGCAGCGCAAGUUCGAGAAGUCGACAUCCAAACACUCAUUGACGAUGCCGCGAGACCAACAGAGUUCAAUGAGAUGUGGAAAUGCGCUUCUUGCAAUGAAUGCGUGACUCCGAGAAAAUCAGUAAAAAUUUGGCGACUUCCGAAAGUUCUGAUUUUCGCUUUGAAGAGAUUUGACUCUGUGAAUGGAAACUCAAGGAAGAACACUAUAUUGGUCACAUAUCCAGAUAACUUGGAGAUCAGCGACAUGAACGGAAAACAUACAUACGAACUGUCCGCAGUUAUAGAACACGGAGGAAGAAUUGCUUCAGGACAUUACACAGCACACGCAAAAUUGAGUGAUAAUGUAUGGGCAGAAUUUAAUGAUUUACAGGCAAUGAGAUGCUCGUCAUGUUUGGUAGCACAUAACCAGAAUGCUUACAUAUUGUUUUACACUAGAACUUCUGAUUAG